AUGGUAUUCCAAGCUCAAAGGAAGAAACUUAUUUUCAUGUUAAGUGAGAAAAUGCGUAUCCUCGUAGCCUUUGAGGAACCCGUUGCUGUUAGUAAUAGCCCUUGUUUUGCUUAGCCCUGCUACUGAAGCUCAGCAGGGUAUUUAUCGCUACCACAUUUUACCAAACACUACCACUUUCCCCGUAAAUAGCACUUACAGAGCUAAUCGCGACAGCUUAUUGGCUUCGCUGUCGUUAAACGGCGGCCGUGGAGAUGGUUUCUACAACACAAUUGCUGGCAGGAACCCUGAAACGGUCUACGGUCUUUUCCCCUGCUAUGGGGAACUUUCGGCCAAAGCCUGCCAAGGGUGCGUAACCUUUGCCGCCACCAACAUCUCCCGACUCUGUCCCGUGGAAAUAAUGGCGGUGGCUUGGUACGACGAGUGCCUAAUACGGUACUCGGACGUAAACAUCUUUUCCUCCGAGGCCGAACAACCUACAGUAACCUUGUUUAACCUUCAGAAUAUCACUGAGACUGAUCGAGACCGUUUCAACCAGAAAAUGAUAACGACGAUGAGUGAUACAGCAACCCUUGCCGCGAAUACACCACCGGGUGCUGAAAAAUUCGCCGCUAGAGCAACAUCAGUCAAUUUAUCAUCAGGUGCUCAAACACUGUACAGCCUCAGUCAGUGUACACCGGAUUUGUCAAGCACGGAUUGCAAAAGAUGUCUGCGAUUCGCAACAGAAAGACUUCCAAGAAGAAGCCGAGGAGGAAGAGUACUGAGUCCUAGCUGCAACGUUAGAUAUGAAAUUUACCCCUUCUAUAAUCAAACAGGAGUUGCACCUCCACCUUCUCCCUCCAGCUCCAAGUGUACCCUUUUCGACCUUACAAAUAUAACCGGUGCAUAUUAUAUCUCCAGGAGAGAAGGGGAACGGCCGAAGAUCGUGGCCAAUUAUUGUUGCCAUUGA